AAAAACCGCCACGCGCGAACGUGCCUUCCCCUUCUCCUACCUCACCUCUCGCCAUCGCCACCCCCAACCGCCGACGAGAUCGAGGCCACCGGCGAGAUCCGCCGCGAGAUCCUCCCCUUCCCCUACUCCGAUGCGAUCGCCUCGGUUCUAGAUCCCCCUCGCUCGCACGCGGCGGGGCAUGAUGGCGCAGGCGAGCGACCUGGAGCCGCUGCGGUCGGGGGCGGGGGCGCUGCCGUCGUCGGCGGACCCGGACUCGCCGUCGACGCCGAGGAGGAGCCGCGUGCGCGAGCUGCUGCGGAGCCUGGACCGCCGGCUGUCCAGCCGGGGGCGGCACCACCGCCACGCAGCGGAGGGCGCGGCGGCGUCCCCCAGGGGCGGCGGCGGCGGGGAGCCCGGGUCCGAGGACAGCGACGAGCUCGGGGACGGCGCGCCGCCCGAGUGGGCGCUGCUGCUCGUCGGCUGCCUCCUCGGCCUCGCCACCGGCAUCUGCGUCGCUGCGUUCAACCGCGGGGUGCAUAUCAUACAUGAAUGGGCAUGGGCAGGCACACCCACAGAGGGAGCUGCUUGGCUUCGCCUCCAGAGACUUGCUGAUACAUGGCAUAGGAUAUUGUUAAUUCCAGUGACUGGUGGAGUUGUUGUUGGUAUGAUGCACGGAUUACUGGAGAUAUUUGAGCAGAUAAAACAAUCAUUAUCAUCUCAAAGGGAAGGUGUUGAUUUCAUGGCUGCGAUUUUUCCUACAAUCAAAGCAAUACAAGCUGCAAUUACUCUAGGGACGGGAUGUUCAUUGGGGCCAGAAGGGCCAAGCGUUGAUAUUGGUAAAUCUUGUGCAUAUGGAUGUGCUGAAAUGAUGGAGAACAAUAGGGAACGGAGAAUUGCUCUUGUUGCUGCCGGAUCAGCUGCUGGGAUUGCUUCAGGUUUUAAUGCUGCGGUUGCUGGAUGUUUUUUUGCUAUUGAAACAGUACUGAGGCCACUUCGAGCAGAGAAUUCACCGCCAUUUACCACUGCUAUGAUUAUAUUGGCAUCAGUUAUAUCAUCAACUGUGUCCAAUGUUUUGCUAGGGGAGAAGGCAGCUUUUAUUGUCCCGACGUAUGAACUAAAAUCUGCUGCUGAGUUACCACUCUACCUUAUCCUAGGCAUGCUUUGUGGGGUAGUGAGUGUGGCAUUCAGACAGUUGGUGGUUUGGUUCACAAAGACUUUUGACUUGAUAAGGAAGAAAUUCAGCCUCCCUGCUGUAGUAUGCCCUGCGUUAGGGGGUCUUGGAGCAGGUUUAAUAGCUCUAAGGUACCCUGGAAUACUGUACUGGGGCUUCACCAAUGUUGAUGAAAUUUUACAUACUGGAAAAAGUGCCUCAGCCCCUGGAAUCUGGCUCUUAGCUCAGUUGGCUGCUGCAAAAGUUGUAGCAACUGCACUCUGCAAGGGUUCUGGUCUUGUUGGUGGCCUUUAUGCUCCAAGCUUGAUGAUUGGUGCUGCUGUUGGUGCUGUAUUUGGAGGCUCAGCAGCAGAACUAAUAAACUCUGCCAUCCCGGGUAACACUGCUGUUGCACACCCUCAAGCUUAUGCACUAGUGGGAAUGGCUGCCACACUAGCAUCAGUCUGCUCAGUUCCAUUGACUUCAGUACUACUACUAUUCGAACUAACAAAAGAUUACAGAAUUUUACUGCCUCUGAUGGGAGCUGUUGGUUUAGCAAUAUGGGUGCCAUCUGUUGUAAUGUCUGGCAACAAAGAGGCGUUUGAGGCUACAUCUCCUCGGCAUGGUUAUUCUUCACUAUUACCUCCUACAGAUAGGAAUGAGACAGACCGGAGACGACCAGACAGAGAUGACGUUGAACUUGCAAUUCUAGACGAUGAUCCCUACCGCUAUGGUAUUAACAAUGAGGAUAUGCUUCUUGAUGAUUUAAAGGUAUCACAAGCAAUGUCAAAGCAAUUUAUUAAGGUUACACCUACAGUGACUAUCAAGGAGGCAACAAGGCUUAUGCAUGAUAAGCAGCAAAAUUGUGUUCUUGUAGUAGACAGUGAAGAUUUUCUUGAAGGAAUUGUUACGAUUGGUGACAUUCGCCGUAAAGGAUUUGAAUCUGAAUUAAGUGAAGAUACUCCACGGAAUGGGGCAAAUUCAUCUACUUUGGAUGCAAAUUCUUCUCUUGUUUCAUCAUGCCUCACUAGAGGGUUUCAGUACCACGGCAAUGAAAGAGGACUAGUGACCUGCUUUCCAGAUACAGAUCUGAGCACUGCUAAGGUGCUCAUGGAAGUGAAAGGUAUCAAGCAACUUCCAGUGGUAAAACGGAGGGCUGGCCGUAGGAAUGAUGGAAGACGUAAGGUCCUUGGCCUUCUUCAUUAUGAUUCAAUAGGGUGGUGCUUAAGGGAAGAGCUUGAGCGGUGGAAAGCCAUUUAUCAAAGAGAGAAUUUCCAGCAGUCAGCUGUUAAUGGCCACUGAGCAAAAAGAAGUGCUGAAGUUUUGGUUGUACGUUUUAGUGAAGAGAAAUACCAAAUUUAUAAAGUGACAUUUCAACAUGAUUAGGGUUAACUUAAAACCUCCUCACUCAAAAAAUAUCCUCGUCAAAUGUAAAGUUUCUUGGAGUUGCCACAUAUGCACAUUUUUGUGCAGAGAAAAUAUAUAAGCGGUGAUGGUGUGAUUCGCUUUUGUUAGCGUUGACUGUUUCGAAGUUCUGACAUGACAGUAUACUGGGUACACUUUGGUCUGUCCCGCAAAAAAGCAUUGCAAAUGGUGACUGUUUAUUGUUUC